GAGUAUACUACAGCAGUGCCAUUUGAAGAGAUUCCAGAGGUUAAAUAAUUAGUUAUAAAACACUGCUAAUUUUGAUCAGCUUCAUAACCUCCUCUGCAUAGCUCCGAAUCUUUUUCAGAGUUCUAAACAAUAAUUCAUUUGAGUCAAACCAGUUGUCAUCAUGCUAUAUAUAUAAACCUCAUGGAGACCUACCUUGGAGCCAAGAGAAUCUUUCCCUGUCCUAUGCAAACCUCACUUUCUUUUCUCCUUGCACUUUAAAAAAAGAACAGUCGUCAGAAGUUGAACACUAUACUGCCUGAAUUCUCCAACAUGAAGAUGGAAAGACAGGUCAUGAGGGUGAAAGACUCGAACCUCUGGCUUCAACUGAUAGCCACACUUCUGGUUCUGUGCUGCUGUUACACACACGUGGUAGCAGAAGAGAAGAGGCAGCAGACGAAGAAGACUUUCAUAGUUCACAUGGACAUGUCCAAGAUGGCAGCAACUUACGAAGAUCAUUUCCAAUGGUACGAUUCAUCUUUAAAAUCUGUAUCAGAAUCUGCUAACAUGCUUUACGCUUACAACAACAUAAUCCAUGGAUUUUCCACCCGACUCACACCAGAGGAAGCUGAAUUACUUGAAAAACAACCCGGAAUUCUAUCGGUCCUCCCUGAAAUGAUUUACAAGCUGCACACAACUCAUUCCCCUGAGUUCCUUGGAUUGGAGAAAAGCGAUGCUGUGCCCCCUGCGUCUGCCUCCGUAAGCGAGGUGAUCGUUGGAGUACUAGACACUGGUGUCUGGCCAGAGAUAAAAAGCUUUGAUGACACAGGGCUUGGCCCCAUCCCAAGUACCUGGAAAGGUACUUGCGAGGUGGGUAAGAACUUCAAUUCAUCGAGCUGUAACCGGAAACUGAUAGGUGCACAAUAUUUCUCAAAAGGCUAUGAAGCAGCAUUUGGACCUAUCGAUGAGACAAUGGAAUCGAAGUCACCAAGAGAUGAUGAUGGCCAUGGAACUCACACUGCAACUACAGCAGCAGGGUCAGCUGUCUCAGGAGCUAGCCUUUUUGGGUAUGCUUUUGGGACAGCGCGUGGAAUGGCUACACGAGCUCGAGUAGCAGCUUACAAGGUGUGUUGGUUGGGUGGAUGUUUUAGCUCUGAUAUUUUAGCAGCAAUGGAAAAGGCUGUUGCAGAUGGCGUUGAUGUCAUUUCAAUGUCCAUUGGAGGAGGAAUCUCAGAUUACAAUCGAGAUACAGUAGCGAUUGGAGCUUUCAGGGCAGUUGCACAGGGAAUUCUUGUCUCAUGCUCGGCCGGAAAUGGUGGGCCCAGCCCAGGCAGCUUGACUAAUGUUGCUCCCUGGAUAACCACUGUGGGUGCUGGAACGUUGGACCGUGAUUUCCCAGCUUAUGUGAGCCUUGGAAAUGGAAAGAACUUCUCAGGCAUAUCACUUUAUAGUGGAAAGCCAUUAUCUGAUUCAUUGUUGCCACUUGUUUAUGCUGGUAAUGUGAGCAAUUCAACAAGCGGCAACCUUUGCAUGACAGGAACUUUGGUUCCUUCACAAGUUGCAGGAAAAAUUGUGAUAUGUGAUCGAGGGUUGAAUAGUAGGGUUCAAAAGGGCAUGGUGGUGAGAGAUUCCGGUGGUCUAGGGAUGAUUUUAGCAAACACAGAGCUGUAUGGAGAAGAGCUAGUCGCUGAUGCACAUCUUCUACCCACAUCCACUGUAGGGCAAAGAACUGCCGAUGCAAUUAAGAAUUAUGCCUUCUCUGAUCCAAAGCCAAUGGCCACGAUUGCUUCUGGAGGCACAAAGCUUGGAGUUGAGCCAUCGCCAGUGUUAGCAGCAUUCAGUUCCAGAGGUCCAAAUCUGGUAACUCCAGAAGUACUAAAACCAGAUCUAAUAGCACCAGGAGUCAACAUUCUGGCGGGAUGGACCGGGGCAGUUGGUCCAACUGGGCUAACAAGCGACAAGAGGCAUGUGAGCUUCAAUAUCAUUUCAGGUACAUCAAUGUCAUGUCCUCAUGUCAGUGGAUUAGCUGCGCUCGUCAAGGCUGCUCACCAGGACUGGAGUCCAGCAGCCAUCAAGUCCGCUCUCAUGACCACAGCCUAUGCAACAUACAAAAAUGGAGAGAACAUAUUAGACGUGGCUACGGGACAACCAUCAACGCCGUUUGAUUUUGGCGCCGGACAUGUAAAUCCAGUAGCAGCCCUUGAUCCUGGCCUUGUCUAUGAUGCCUCUGUUGAUGACUACAUCAACUUCUUUUGUGCUCUAAACUAUAGUGCAUCUGACAUUAAACAAAUCACAAACAAAGACUUCACUUGCGACUCGAGCAAGAAAUACAGUCUGGGGGAUCUUAAUUACCCAUCGUUCUCUGUUCCACUAGAAACUGCUUCAGGCAAAGGGGGCGGAGCUGGUGUAACAAGUACAGUCAAAUACACCAGGACUCUGACAAAUGUGGGUGCUCCAGCAACAUACAAGCUUUCCAUGACUUCAAAAACUCCGUCAGUUAAGAUCCUAGUUGAGCCAGAGUCCCUGAGCUUUGCUAAAGAAUACGAGAAAAAGACUUAUACAGUGACUUUCACUGCUACAUCCAUGCCUUCCGGUACAAACAGCUUUGCUCACCUGGAGUGGUCAGAUGGGAAGCAUGUUGUAGGCAGUCCAAUAGCUUUCAGCUGGACAUGAUCCGAAAUCCUGAAGAAAUCCCAUAAAUGAUUGUCAUUCACGGGACAAGUGCCUGAAUUUGUAUGUAUUUUCAAUCUCUUCCCUGAUGUUCUAACAGCUGUUCCAGUACAGCAAGCUGUUGCGUUCAUAAUUGCUCUCUGAGGUGAUCAGAGGGCAUAUAAAAAAGAAGGGGGGGAAAUAAUUGUACAGAGGAUAAUGGAAAGAACUGUGUGGAUUGAAAAUGACUCUCCAGUUGCUUUUA